GUUCGUACUUGAUUUGACACAUUCUGUAAUGUUUAGGGUCUGUUUGCAACAUUGUUUUCAUACCUAACCCUGCAUUCCUUAUUGGUAAUGCAUGGGGGGCGGGGGGCGGGGGAGGGGAGAGCGGGGGUUCUUCCUAGUUUCAUAUUUUCGUAUCGUGAAACUUUCCCGAUGUGUCCUGGAGGAUGUCGAUCCUUGUCGAGCUAUAAUGGUGGCGCACAUGCAGCAGUGAUGGCCGCGCUCUCUUCGCCCUCAGCUCGGUGCUACGUAGGCUGCGAGUGGGCGGGACUUUGCCUCCUUUGCGAGCUUCCCAUUGGCCGCCCCGCGCGCACGCUAGAAUGAGGGGCGCUCCUAAUCAUAUCCAGCAUGUUUUCCACAAGAAAUGUCAGACAGAGGGGGCUACCUUCUCCCUUCGCCCAAAUACUCCACAAUAAUGUCAUGUUCGGACAGUCCGUCAGCGAAUGCCUUCUUAGUGGACUCGCUGAUCAACGGGAGGGCUGAGAACUGCGGAGGUCACUACACGGGAAGCGCCGAAGUGCCUUACGGACUGCACAACUAUGGAUACUUCGCAGGCAUACCCAAGCGGGCUGACGCGGGGCCCCAAAAUAUGGUCAGUGCUCCGGGCGCGUACCUGUCCAGUAUGGAGAUGUGGAUGGACGCCCAGAGGUCAUGUCGCGUGGACCAAGAGCGCGCCGUGGCUCCUCAGGUCACGCCCUGCUCCUUCCCGCAAAGCAUUAAGGAAGAGAGCACCUACUGUCUCUAUGAGCAGUCCAAGUGCCCCAAAGAUUCUGCUGCCGAAGACCUGACAUAUUCGCGGUUAGCCCCGGUGAACGACGGCGCCGGAGGCACAGUUCCUAUGCCGUGCUAUUUCCGCUUGUCUCAGACCCACGCGCACCCUCAUAAACUUUAUAACGCCGACGGCCCACAGCCGAACCCUCCCUUCUCUCAUUUGGGCCCGCACUCCAGCGCCCCUGGCCGCUUCCACUCUCCUGCGCCCGCCUCGACGCAGGCUCCCAGCGCGCCGCAAAAAGGGAGCUGCGGGGACACAGAGGACCGCGUGUCCGCGGGGAACACGGAGCGGCAGCCCCGCGCCGCACCCGGCACGGAAGAUCCACGCGAGUCCACGGACGCAGAAGCCUCCUCGGCCGAGGACAGCGACGAGCGGGACAAGGAGAGGCCGGAGAAGGACCCCAAAGGCGACAACAAACGUGACAACGCGGCCAACUGGCUGACUGCAAAGAGCGGCCGGAAGAAGCGUUGCCCGUACACCAAGCACCAGACUCUGGAGCUGGAGAAGGAGUUCCUGUUCAACAUGUACCUGACUCGAGAGCGCCGCCUGGAGAUCAGUAAAAGCGUGCACCUGACUGACAGACAAGUCAAAAUUUGGUUCCAGAACCGCAGGAUGAAACUGAAGAAAAUGACGCGAGAAAACAGGAUCCGGGAGCUCACCUCCAACUACGGAUUUUCCUGAUGAACGAGGUGAAAAAAAAAACAUCAAACCCCAACACAUUAAAAAGGAAAAAAAAUAUUCGUCAAAUGACUGACCCCCCCCCCCCCCCCGCCCCCGCCCCCGCCCCCCUUCCGACUACGACCACCGCGCCCCAACACACCCACCCAUUUCACAUGUGGGCCACAGAAGCUUGAUUUCCACACACCCUCCAAUGUGACUCAAUGGAAACGUCGAAUGUUCUCGAGUGUUGUGUUUACGUAUCCGUCUCGUCUGUCGUAUUAUUGACUAGAUGGUAGUCAAAAAUUUUCACCCAUUGAGGAAAAACACUCACAACAAAACAAAACAAAAACAAACAAAAAAAACACACGCACUUCUUGUUUUCAGUCUAAUCGCUACGAAAAUAAUUGAGCUCAGUUUGCAUGGAAUCCUUUUAGAAUCACCACGUAAAUAAUAAAUAUAUGAAUAAUAAUCCACCUGUGACCAAGUUAGAUGUUUAGUCAGCAGGCCUCUUCUGUGUACCAGCUAAAUGUGUAGGUUGAGCAACAAUCUUUCGUGGCCUUUCCACGAAAAAAAUAUUCAUAAAUGCGAGGCACGUGUGCCCAUGUUUUUCAUUUGUAUAUAUAUAUAUAUAUAUAUAUUUUUUUUGUGUACAUACUGACAUUGUUUUUGUGU